AUGCCAUGCCGGCACUCGUACCAUGCGCACGCGGUAACGUGGGAGUGGGCGGACAGGAGCUGCGGAAAAGGCGCAAAAACCUCGGCGGAGCAUCAGAAGGAGGAUGAGGCGUGCGCUUGCUUCUUCCCCACCCCCGCUUCCGCGCAAUUUUCUCCCGCCAUCACCCCCUGCCUCCUCCUCUCCGCGCAUCCCCUUCCGCCCUCCAUGCUGACGUCACCGCUGCCCGCCGCCAUCCCUCUCCCCCACACGCGGAGCCUGUGCUUCUCCCCGCGCCUUCUCCCCGCGGGCGCUGUCGCCCUCUGCUGCGCGUGCAUUUCGCGCGCCCUCCGAUUUCAGGCGCACUUCCUCCACCCCCCCGCCCCUCUGCGCGCUGCCCCUAGCGCCAGUGGCGGAGAGGGGAACAGAGGCACGAGCGGGGGGAGUGAGGAGGGGAAGGAAGGGAGGAAAGGGGGAGGAGAGAGCAGGAGGGAAGAAGCGGGCAAGGAGUCGAAAGGUGGAGCGUACGAGGCAAGAGGGGAUUGUAGGUGCUGUGAGAAGCAAGAUCAUGGGGAAGAAGGGGGCGGUGAGUCGAGUGGCUGGCCGAAGGGGAAGGAGGAAGGGCGGGCAGAGCAGCAUGGGAUGAAAUGGCUGCCCGGAUUCCUAGUGCUGCCACUCAACCGUUCCUCUCAGUUGCCCGUUCAGCUGCCCGGCUGUGUGCGUGAAAGGGCGGUGUGCUUGCAUGAGGCAGCGUACAGUGGAAGGGGUUUGGUAGGCAGGACAGGGGAGCAGGAGAGAGGGGCCAUUUCGGGAGAGGAAGAAACGAACGUGGAGGAAAGACAUAUGGAGGAGGGCAAAGCAGGAGAGGAGGAGAGAAGAGGAGAGAAGGAGAGAAGAGGUGGUGAGGGGAGAAGAGGAGGGGAGGAGGGAGGUGGUGAGGAGCAGGGGGAAGUGAUGUUAGCGAAUGGGUGCUUCAGCGCACAGCAGGUGAUGCAUGGUGCUGUCACCCUCGCCCUCCCGCACUCGCACCCACUCCCUCCCUCCCUCUUCCUCGUGCACGCGCUCAGGCCCCACCCCGAACCUCUCUCUCCCUCGCACUCCACAGCACCGGCUUCAACCGCUGAUGACAAGUGUGUUGAGAGAGGCGGGCAGCACGAGCAGUCGCCUCUGCAGCAGCAGCAGCAGCAGCAGGAUGUGAAGGGCGAGGCAGCGAGUGGGGUGUGGCAGGGCAGGAGGGGCGUGAGGAAGGGGCAGAGCACGUGGUAUGACGGGGACUACUGCUCACUCCAUGGCGUGCUGCUGCAGCGCCCGCACCAACCCCUGCUGGAACUCGUGCCAGCGCCCCAGGCAAGUGCUGCCAGGGUGGCGUUUCAAGUCGUGUUUACAUGUUCUGCUCUUGUCCUUCCCUCCCCUUCACUUCUUCUGCCCCAUUAUUCCCUCCCCUCUAUCCCACCUCUCCGCCCCGCUGCUGCCCUGACAUCAGGCGUGCACCAUCACGCGUCUCAUGGCAUCACCGCCCGCCCCAUCCUCCUCCACCCCGCCAUCCCUCUGUCGCCGCAUCGUGGUCCCUCCCGAGCUCUGCUCACUGCUCCUCUCACACGCUCACUACUCCACCACUGCCACCGCUGCCACCACCAUAUGCAGCAGCCCUGCUCCCGUGCCUGCCCCUCCAUCUGCCCCCGUGGCCAGUGGCAGCAGCAGCAGCAGCAGCAGCAGCAGCAGCAGCAGCAGCAGCAGCAGCUCUCCCAUGAGUGCAGCGUGGGCCCCCCCUCCACCGCGCCUCCCACACGUCUCUCCCCCACAUGCAUGCCCAUCGCGCGGCCACUGCUGGAGCUCUUGGGAGACGCGUUUCUCAAGCUCGCCGCAGCACUCUGCGUGCUGCUGCUGCACCCCACCGCUGGCAUCGACGCUGCAGGCAACAUGAUGCAGGUGGGAUGGAUGGAUGGGACGGGCGUGUGCAGUGGGUGGCCGCAUGCGCAGGUGACUUCUGAGUCGACUCAAAAGACGGGCGUGUGCGUGACUCGCCCGUACUUCUCUUCUCCUUCUUCCGUUCCAUCCUUCUCCAUGUCUUUACUAGUCCCCCUCCCAGCCAUCCCCCUCUACUGGCCCCUGUUUGCCCUUUCCCCUCUCCCUCUCCCCUCUCUCUCCCUUCCCCCCCCCGAGCAGCAACUGGUCCCCAACCGCUGCCUUGCUGCAUGCGCCCGUGCCUGCGGCCUUCCCCCCUUCCUCCGCCUCCUCCCCUUCUCCCCCUCUCUCCUCCCCCUGCCCCUGCCGCAGGGGACAGGGGGAGGGGGAGAAAGAGAGGGAAGGGGAGGGGAAAAGGGAGGAGGAGGGCCAAGAUGGUGCUGCGAGCAGUGGGGGGGAGGGUGGGGAGAGAAAGAGGGGAGGAAAGAGCAGAGAGAGGUGGGAGAAGAGAGAGAGGGGGCUAUGGGCGAGGAGGGCAAAGGAGAGUGUGCUGACCUGGCAAGUCGCGUUCGUGGUGCAGGGGAAUAUGAGGCAGAGCUUGUGCGGGCGCACAGGCAUGGUUGCUGCGAGCACGAGGGGCCAUUGCUGGCGUGCGUGCGGGGACAGUGGAGUGGAGAGGGGUAUGGCGCGGUUAGGGAAAGCGGCAGUGAGGGCAGGGAGGGCAGUGGGGGGAGUGAGAGCAGGGAGAGCAGGCAGGGGUGCAUGUGCAGUGCGAGGGGGGAGGAAAGCUUGGAUGGUGGGGUGGCGGUGAGGGUGGUCCCGGGGGGAAGUGCUUCUGUGCAGCACUGUGUGACUAAGGGUGAUAAGGGUGAGGGCGGUAGGGGCGGUGAGGGAUUGCGGUUAAGUGGGGGACAGGCGAUGGGGGGCGGAAGGGGAGGAGAAGGAGAGGAGUGGUGGGCAGCGAGUGCAUCGGUGCGAGUGAGUGAGGGAGUGUGUGCAGACAGUGUGGAGUCCGUUGUGGGGGCAGUGCUGGUGGGUGGUGGGGGCGAGGCAGCAGCCGCACACGUGCUCUGUGGGAUGGGCGUCGUGCCUUGCCAUGGUGCAUGCGCUGUGCCUUGUGCAUGCACCCAUGGGCUCAUGCCGGCGGGGUUGGGUAGAAGCGAGAAGCAACUUGAGGGGAAGCGAGAGAAAGGUGGAGAUGGGGGGGAGGUGGGAGGAGAGGGGGUGAGGGAGGGUGGUCAGGGUGCAGGGAGCAGGGAGGAGGGGAGAACGGUGUGUGCGUGUGUGUGCUCGCAUCCGCACACACACCAGUCGUUCCUCCAAGCCCCGGAAAGGGAGAGCGAGGGCGAAUGGCGGGAAGAGGAGGGGGUGUGGUUGAGGGGCGCUGAGAGGGCGCUGGGGCAUGAGUUUGCACAGAAGGAUUUGCUGCUCGUGGCGCUCACUCACCCCUCCCUGCAGCAGCAGCAGCAGCAGCAGCAGCAGCAGCAGCAGCACGUGUGGCAGCAGGCUCGGUACACGUGGCAGCGCCGCAAGCGGUGGGAGCGGCAAGGGGAGCAGCAGGCGGAGAUAGAGAGGGGUGCGGAGAUAGAGAGGGGUGCAGAGAUAGAGAGGGGUGCAGAGAUAGAGAGGGGUGCGGAGAUAGAGAGGGGUGCGGAGAUAGAGAGGGGUGCGGAGAUAGAGAGGGGUGCGGGGAUAGAGAGGGGUGCGGAGAUAGAGAGGGGUGCGGAGAUAGAGAGGGGUGCGGAGAUAGAGAGGGGUGCGGGGAUAGAGAGGGGUGCGGAGAUAGAGAGGGGUGCGGAGAUAGAGAGGGGUGCGGAGAUAGAGAGGGGUGCGGAGAUAGAGAGGGGUGCGGAGAUAGAGAGGGGUGCGGAGAUAGAGAGGGGUGCGGAGAUAGAGAGGGGUGCGGAGAUAGAGAGGGGUGCGGAGAUAGAGAGGGGUGCGGAGAUAGAGAGGGGUGCGGAGAUAGAGAGGGGUGCGGAGAUAGCGAGGGGUGCGGAGAUAGAGAGGGGUGCGGAGAUAGAGAGGGGUGCGGAGGUGGGGAACUCGGAGGGAGGCCGAGAGGAGGGAAAAAGAGAUGGGGAUGGUCCGUGGAGUGGCGGCAGUGAGGAGGGACUUAAUGAGGAGGGGUUGGGGUUGGAGGGCAGUGCGUGGACGUUUGAGCGCAUGUACUGUGUGGGCAACGCCGUGCUGGAGUACUGCCUCGUGCUCCAUGCUCUGCUGGGCCAGGCCGCGGAUGAGGGGGCAGGGCAGCACGGCGGGAACAGGCUUCACCAUGUCAGCGCCUUGAAGCAGCACGUGCUAUCGCACGAGGCCCUGGCAGCGCUGGCCGUCACAUGGGGUCUGCACCGCCACAUGCGCACCGCCUCCCCUCUCCCCGCACACCACAUCGCUGCCUUCUGCGCCUCCCUCACCCAACUCCCCCCAAUGGAAGGGGUGUGUUCGGCAACUGGGGGACGGGAUGGCAGAGCAGGGGAAGGAGGCGAUGGGGGGAGCCGUGGGGAGGGGGCAGGAGGAGCGGAAGGGCGAACUCGGGCGGAGGGAGCGAUGGGAGGGAAGGGAGAGGAGGGAGCAGAAGGAGUGGAGGGCGGGGAGGGCGUGGAGGUGCAGUGGGUGGUGAGUGCCCCUCGAGCGCUGUCUGAGACGGUGCAGGCGCUGGCAGGGGCUGUGUUCCUGGACGCCCACUCGCACCCUGCUGCUGCCGUCUGGCAGGUGUUCGCCCCGCACCUGCUCCCCCUGUUCCCCCCAUGCCCCUGCCCGCCCCACCCAAUGACGGAGCUGCAGCACCUGUGCACGCGCAACAAGUGGUCCCUGCAGGUGCGCGCUGGGGGGGGCAAGGGAGGCCAGCAACUGGUCGGUGGGAGGGGAGGAGGUGGAUUGGCAGGGAUAAGGGGGAAGAGACGGAAUAAUUAG